AUGGCAGACACUGCUGUGCAACCACAGCCACCAGCGGAGCGUGAAAAGCGCAACGCCUACGUUUCCUCUCCGAGUGGAUCACGGCCGGCCAAGGAGACCACGUUCCGAGAAUGGGUGGUCGCCAACCAGAUCGGUAUGAAGAAUCCACCUCAGCAGACCUGUGCAUUCAAUGGGCAUGGGAAAGCUCGCACUCGACAGAGAAUCUCCUUGACCACCCUGGCGAUGUUACUGGCCCUUCACAACCUCUACCCUUCACUCCGUCCAUAUACCCAGCCUUUCUUCCAAUUGUCCUAUUAUAACGCAUCCACGGACUCUUAUCUCCAGGGCUGGAAUGAUGUCUACUUCGUCAUCAGUGCUGCAAUCGCACUCACCGGGAUUCGUGGUAUCGUCAUUGAAUGGGUCAUACAGCCAUUGGCUCGCGCUUCUGGUCUGAAGCGCAAGCAAUCGAUUCGCAUUGCCGAGCAGGGUUGGCAGGCUAUGUACUAUGGAUUCAUUUGGGCAGUCGGACUGUACCUCUGGAAGAACUCAUCCUAUUGGGGUGAUUUUUCUGCCAUGUGGUCGCAGUGGCCGGCUCGUCCUCUGUCCGGCUUGAUGAAGUGGUAUCUUCUCGUUGAACUUGCAUUCCUCGUUCAACAGAUCUUCAUGAUCCACGUAGAGGAGAGACGCAAGGACCAUGUUCAGAUGCUUUCCCACCACAUUAUUACCACCGUCCUUCUGAGCUCCGCCUACAUCUAUGGGUUCUACAACGUCUCCAAUGUGGUGCUAUGUCUCAUGGAUAUCGUGGACGUUUUGUUACCGUCUGCGAAGAUCCUCAAAUAUUCCAAAUUUGAAAACGCUUGCAAUGUGGCCUUCGGCGUCUUUAUGGGCACAUGGCUCAUCACUCGGCACAUCAUUUACCCCAUGGUAUGCUGGUCCGUUUAUGUCGAUAUUCCUUCCGUGCUCUCAUACGGCUGCUACUCCGGUUCGACAGGAGACUUCCUCUCCGCGGAGAUCCCGAACUCCUUCGCAUAUACGCUUGCUCCAUACCUGAAUCUGGAGAACCCGAUCUGUUUCAGCCCUAUGAUUAAAUACAUGUUCCUGACCCUCCUGCUGAUUAUUGAGGGGCUGUCCAUUGUAUGGUUCAGCAUGAUCAUCCGCGUCGCUUACGGGGUGAUCUGUGGCCGUAACGCCGAAGACUCCCGCAGUGACGAAGAGGACGAAGCCGAAGUGGAAGACCAGGCCCCAAACCAGGUCCCGGCACACCUGGUCGCCAAGGACGGUGCUACAACCGACCCAAUCGAGACCGAAACUGCUCCGGCCUUGGGCCGUCGGCGGUCUAACGGCGCUGCUCCAGUGCGUGCGCGAGGUCGUGGCCGUGUUCCUUUCGAUCCGAGCGAACGGAAAGCCCUCCUGGGCCGCAUUGGGUGCGAAAAGCCCACAUAG